AUGUUGGAGAAGACUGCCAAAGAUGUGCCUUUGGGAUCGUAUGCUGCUCGUGCAGUUGCCGAGAGCACCUACGAGUCGGUUAUUGGCUUAAACGACCACCCAGCCCUACUAUGCUCCCUCUCAGCUAGGGCCGGGCUCGAGGUCUUGUCUGCCGGUGAUGUCUCAGGCCAUCGGCGCUUACCUCACUACUCGCUAGCCCCCGAUGCUUGCCUCCCAGCCAUCACCAUCUGCAUCGAAGGGAGUCUGAAAACAAACAAGGCGAGGCAUCCCCGCCGCGACUCUUCUGCACGGGGAAGAUCACGACAGUACCAGAGGUAUCCCUCAUGCACAUGCUUCCAACCGCUGGUGAUCCAGCCAGCCACCUCCGCCUCAUAG